UUGGAUUUUGCGGGACCUUUCCAGGGCCGUCAUUUUCUGGUGAGCGUCGACUCCCACUCCAAGUGGCCCGAGGUUUUUGUGAUGAACAGCACAUCGGCCGAAGCAACUAUUGAAAAGCUGAGGGAGCUGUUUAGUCAUUUCGGUCUGCCAGAUGUUGUUGUCAGUGACAAUGGCCCCCAAUUUUGUUCCCAAGAAUUUCAGAUUUUCUUGCGAGAGAACGGUGUGAGGCACGUCAGGACCGCCCCCUACCAUCCAUCAAGUAAUGGGCUGGCUGAGCGUUUCAUCCGCACCCUGAAGGAGGCCUUACGAAAAGAGAUGCCGGGCCGGCCUCUGUCCCGUCGACUAGCAAGUUUCUUGUUAGCUUACAGAAACACACCGCACGCCACAACCCUUCAGAGUCCUGCGGAGUUGCUGCUUGGGCGGCGGCUCACUACCCGUCUCGACAGACUGCGACCCUCUGCAGAGGAAACUGUUCACCGCAAGCAGGACGUGCUACAGGUGAAGCACAGUGGCAAACACCGACACUUCGUGCCGGGUGAUAAGGUGUACGUCAAGAACUUCCGGCCGGGUGAGAGGUGGUUGCACGGAGUCGUCAUGGCUAGAUCCGGACCGGUCUCCUACAGGCUUCGCGUGACCACACCGCGGGGGACCUUCGUGUGGCGGCGACACCAAGACCACCUGCGGUUGCGGGAGAGCUCUACCCCAGAGGAGGAGGAAGGCGGUUUGCUGAUACCGAGUGUCCUGCCAUCAUCGCCAACCCCAGGGCAAGGGGGACUCGUGAACGAGCGGCCUCCAGUUGGGUCACCGGUGGUAGAGGGACAAGACAUGGGAUCAACUCCAGUCUCCGGUCGUUCCCCAGCCCAGCCGCAAGAAAUUCAGCGCCGGUAUCCCGAACGGCAACGGCGUGCGCCUAAUAGGUUUUCGCCUUGAGAAGGAAGAGAA